ACUCCCGAGACCCAACGCGCCAAGCAAUGAAACGACCAGACCAUGCCGUAAUGCGCAUGGAUGCCCACGCUAAAAAAAAACCCAUAAACGCGUUGCCUCGCAACCGACGAAAGUCGCGUCAGCCACCACUCAAUCCGCGAGCUCCGCAAACCACACCCGCACCUUCACGUUCCCCACGAUAAUGUCCGAUACGCCGCCCGCAAAGAAGAGACGAGUUCAGCGGGAUCAGCACGAUUCGGCGAAUAAGACAUAUCUUCCAAACGGAAAUCCAGGUCCUGCGGCUGCGCCGGCUGCAGUGCACGGCAAUGGCCACGCAACCGGAGGCGACUUUGAUCCUGCGAUGAUAUCCGCGAUAAUUGGAGAACAGCUUCCAGCUAAGGAUUUGAAGCGUUUGAAGGACGUCUCUGGUGGGAAUAUGGAGAGAGCUAUCAACAUGUACUUCGAUGGCUCGUGGAACGCCGUUCGAGCUCCCGCACAAUCGAGUGCAUAUGGAUCACUGCAACCUAUGCUGGCAUCGGAAUCUUCAUCCAGAAAACGUGUCUCGUCCGCAAUAAACGUCUCCCCAGCAACGAAAAGCGAUAGUGGUAGCAGUAUCACUGGCCCCCGGAAAGUGGAGGUCUCUACCGCUGGCUUGGACGGACAGCCGACAAAGCGAUACCUUGGCGUAUUUGGCGUAGGAGGCUGGGCCACACGAAGCGGAAGCAACCUGCUCCUGCACGGGCAAAACGUGAUGAUCGAGCGGCAGAAACUCACGGGCAAGCCGCAGGGAGUAAAAAAGCCGACGAUGGCCCGCCGCAAGACGCAAGACAUCGUCGUGCGCUUCAACAAUCCGCAGGGACAGGAAGUCGGGCGGCUUCCGCAGGAGACGGCGGAAUUCGUGUCGACGCUGAUCGAUCAGAAGAUUUGCACAUUUGAGGGCACGUGUGUUUAUGCGCCCGAGAAACUACGUACAAAUGAUACUGUCUACCUCCAGGUGCGGUGCUACAUGCUGCGUGAAGCGUUCGUAAGGAAGUUGCCGCCGGUAGAUAGCGAUAGCCCUGUGGAGUUCUUUGCCCCCAAAGAAACAGAAGAUGAGAAGGCGAUUCGGUUGAGACAGGUGGGGUUGGUAAAGCUUUUCGCUGAGCUCGGAUUAGAACCUGUCAAGAGCGUUGGGAUCGAUCAGAAACACAAAAGGUCUGCUAUCCUUCAGUCUGCUGAGCUCGUGGAGAGUGGGGGUGAUAAGGCACAGGCCGAGCAAGGAACACAAUCCGAAUCGAAUGAGACCGAGGAGGGUAAAGAACUCGAGCAAGAUCAGUUGGAUGCCCUGUAUAAAAAGGCGCAAUCUUUCGAUUUCGACUCCCCCAAGGCCGAUCCGGCAGAUACGUUCGCGCUGGACCUCCGCCCCUACCAGAAGCAAGCCCUCCACUGGUUGGUGAACAAGGAGAAGAACCACUCCGACCGGGAAAACGCCACGAUGCAUCCACUCUGGGAAGAGUAUCUCUGGCCUGUCAAGGACCAGGACGAGCAAGACAUCCCACCGGUUGAGGGAUUCAAUGUGUUUUACGUGAACCCAUACUCCGGUGAACUGUCGAUAGAGUUCCCACGACAAGAGCAGAACUGUCUCGGCGGCAUUCUAGCUGAUGAGAUGGGUCUAGGAAAGACUAUUGAGAUGCUGAGUCUGAUUCACACCAACCAACUGGACAAGGACAUCAAACCGAGAAAGUCCGUACACGGCAUCCUGGGCGGCAUUUCUACAACCCUGGUUGUGGCACCGAUGAGUUUGCUAUCACAAUGGGAACUUGAAACCGAAGCUGCCUCUAAAGAAGGGACCUUGAAACCGUAUGUGUACUACGGCAAUGAGAAAAAGGCAAAUCUGCAAACGCUGCUGGGUUCAGACGGCGGCCCGGAUGUGGUUAUCACCAGUUACGGUACGGUGCUCUCGGAAUACACACAGCUUACCAGAGCCGGGAGCAACGGGAGUUCGGGUGGUGGCCUUUUCUCGGUUUGCUUCUACAGGAUUAUUCUUGACGAGGCACAUCACAUCAAGAAUCGGUUGAGCAAGACCGCCAAAGCCUGCUACGAGCUGCAUGCUGAGCACCGAUGGGCCUUGACUGGAACUCCGAUUGUGAACCGGUUGGAAGACUUGUUCAGUCUUGUGCGAUUCCUGCGUGUGGACCCUUGGCAGAGCUUCUCUUUCUGGAAGACAUUCAUCACAACUCCCUUCGAGAACAAGGAAUUCGUGAAGGCUUUGGAUGUGGUGCAAACAGUCUUGGAACCACUGGUUCUUCGGCGGACUAAGGACAUGAAGCUGCCAAACGGAGAUCCGUUGGUUCCUUUGCCGCCCAAGUCCGUUGUGAUUGAGACAGUCAAGCUGUCGAAGAAGGAGAGGGAAGUUUAUGAUCACAUUCAGGACCGCGUGAAGAGGGUGUUUAAACAUAACCUAGAGGCCGGAACGGUGAUGAAGUCCUACACCACCAUCCUGGCUCAAAUUCUACGUCUCCGGCAAUCCUGCUGUCACCCCAGCUUGAUCCGUCGAAAAGAUGUGGUAGAAGACGAACUCGAAGCCGAAGCCGCUUACGAUGCCGCCAACGGUCUGGCGGACGACAUGGACCUCAACGCCCUCCUCGACCGCUUCACGGCCGAAGCAACUGAAAGCGAGACCAACGCCAGCUCCUAUGGCGCACACAUCCUUCAGCAGAUCAAAGAAGAAGUUGGCCAUGAAUGUCCGAUCUGCUGUUCGGAACCACUAGAAAACGAAGCCGUAACCGACUGCUUCCAUGCCGCAUGCCGGGACUGUCUCCUGUCCUUCAUUGAGCAUGAACGCGCACAAGAGAAACUCCCGCUAUGUCCCACAUGCCGCGCACCCAUCAACGAACGCGACAUCUUCGAAGUGAUCCGACCGCCGCCCUCCUCCUCGGAGUCAGACCCGCAGAUCUUCCUCCGCCGCGUCAACAGCGCGCACUCAUCGGCCAAGAUCACUGCGCUCCUCGACAAGCUCAAGCACCUGCGCAAAACGGACCCGGCGGGCAAAUGCACGGUAUUCUCGCAAUUCACCAGCUUCCUAGACCUGAUCGAGCCGAUGCUCGCGCGCGAGCACAUACCAUUCGUCCGCUUCGACGGCUCGAUGUCGCAGCUCGCGCGCAAACACGUGAUCGAGACGUUCCGCAAGCACGAGGGCGAGAUGGUGCUGCUGCUCUCGCUCAAGGCCGGCGGCGUCGGACUGAACCUUACAGAGGCGAAGACGGUGUUCAUGAUGGAUCCGUGGUGGAGCUUUGCCAUAGAGGCGCAGGCGAUUGAUCGUGUUCAUCGGAUGGGACAGACACAGCCCGUCACGGUACACCGCUUCGUCGUCGAGAAUAGCGUCGAGGAGAGAAUGGUCAAUAAGAUUCAGGCGAAGAAGAAGUUUAUUGCUAGCUCGCUCGGCAUGAUGACGGAUGAGGAGAAGAAACGGGUUUGUCGACCCCCCUUGGGGAGAUUUUCCCGGUGCUGCCGGAUGUGGAGAUUGGAUUGGCUGACGGUACCGAUAGCAACGCGUGGAUGAUAUAAGAGAUUUACUGAGUGAUUAGACGACGACGACGACGAUGCGGUCGUGUAUAACAGAGUACGGUACUUGUGGAGAUUACGGCGGUGUUACUAGAUCGCUGCGUUCAUUGUACUAGGUAUCAUACAUAAAAUAAUUUUAAACAGGCUGAAGUAUUGCGG